GGGAGAAUGGGGACACAGACUAAACUUAGCUCACCCAGGGGCGCAAACCGCGGUCAAGAUCGCGUUGAAAUCACAGAAAAAGUUCAACUUCGUUCACCUCGAACAACGGGAAGGCCACUGAAAUUCGUUACCUCGAUUGGGACGCCAAAUUCUAAUCAUGAUCCGCAAUCUCGAAAGCUUGUGCGAGUCCAGGCCAUGCGGUCGUUCUUAUGGCAGAAAGGGGCCGCUAUACCGGACCCAGCAGCGGACAGUCAUAAACACGUGACGCCAGUUGCGUCUUUGAAAGAGAAUACCGGUCGGUUCAAGCUGGCUAGCUGGUCCCGGAAGAGCAGGAAAAGAAAAAUAGCGUCGCCGCGAAUCAGGGCCGAUGAACGUGGCGUACAUAAUGUAAAGAGCAUCAAAGAACUAGGGGUCAUCAAUGUAUUACCUAUUCCACUAUCGUCGAAAACUCAGGAGCUGCUCUAUCAUUAUCAUAACAAUUUCACCCAAAACUCAUUCGCCGUUAAUCCAGAAGGAAGCUUCUUCGCAUUCGCCAUAUCGGAUGCUACUAUCCUUAACGCCAUCUUGACGAUGGUAGCACAGCAUUUCCACCUCAGCCACGGGAUGGAUGAGACUGCAGAGGUUUCAUACUAUCGGAAUGAAGCUAUCCGUAUGAUAAAUCAGCGGUUAGUCGCAGGAGAUGCUCCGCCAGACGAUGCGCUUAUCGGCGCCGUUGCAUUGCUUGCGAACUGUGAGACUUCGAACGGGUCUGCAGAAGGCUCGUCUAUUCACAUAAACGGGUUGAAUCAGAUGGUGCAACUCCGCGGUGGAAUCUUGGCUUUUGAGGAGAAUGCCGUUCUUCAGAGAGUACUCACGUGGACCGAUUUCAGCUUCGCAGCAACUUACAACCAUAGUCCCCGCUUCGGCAUCUUACCUAAACUCUCAAGCAACCUCGAACCAUCCACUCACUUCAUAUCCGCCUCGAUCGCCGAUCUCGCAAGCCCAGAGCUCUCAACCAUUGCCGUAACCAGCUGGGAAGUCCUCGAAAUCAUGGACUCUCUCGAUAGAAUAUCAGCAGCGAUCACCUCUUUCCAAGGCACCCUUCCCGAGCGAAUCUCCAUCAGCAACGCAAUCUACCUCGUCGAGCGGCGGCUGAUCUCCGUCAAGUCCGAGGCGUGGUCAACCUUCUUCGAGCCCUCGGCGGAGUUCGACCUCUCCGAACCGCUGCGGUACGCGGCUCAUCUCUUUUUGCAUAUGGCGGUACGGGAGUUGCCUGGGAAGGCGAAGAUGCACGAUGGGCUUCUAAGAAGGCUACGUAAUGCGCUACCCGAGUAUUUGAAUGUUGCAGAGAUGGUGGCUUCUGAAUUUAGUCUGGGGCUGUUGCUCUGGAUUUACUUCAUGGGAGCCGCCGCUUCGCGGAAAAGGGCAGAUCGAGCGUAUUUCGUAGCGGGUCUGAUUCAAGUAAGCGAAGCCGUCGCAGUUGAGAGCGCUGGGGCUUUUGAAGGAGCAUUGAAGAGUGUUUUGUGGUUGGAUGGCUUCUGUAAAUCACGAUCUAGUGCCUUGUGGGAGGAGAUGACCGAGAUCCAGGAUAGUUGGGGUUGAUCAAUUCCGCGAAAUAAACGUAAAAGAGUUCCCUC